AUGACGCUUCAUCAACAAGAUGACUUCCAUCACCAAUACCCUUGGUCAGGGGUACGCAUUCCGGUGCCACAAAAGAACCCAGCAGACAUCAUGAAAGAGAUGGACUUUGUCAACAUGUGUACCAAAUUCCUCCAAAUAGGCGAAGUUGAGAUAACUAACAUUAAGAAAAUGAGGAUUGCCAAAAGGUUGGUAACAGAUGGCAUGACUCUGCAUAGACAUGAGAAAAAAAAUGAGGCUAUCGUAAGGGAACGUCAUCCCAUACCAACGGAUGAUGACAUACUCUACCAACUGAAUGGAAGCAAGGUGUUUAGAAAAUUGGACCUCACAUGGGGAUUUCACCAGAUUGAGUUGGAACAACAGUCUAGAGUUAUUACUACAUUCAUUACACACAAGGGGUUGUACAGGUAUAAACGCUUAAUGCUCAGAAUCAGCUCUGCCCCAGAGCUUUAUCAGCACACCGUUGAACAAGUGCUGGCCAGGUGUGAGGGUGCCUACAACAUCCACGAUGACAUAAUUAUCUAUGUUCGUUCAGUUGAAGAACCUGACAACAGGUUGCAGAAGACCAUUGAGUGUAUUCGUGACGAAGGACCGACCCUCAAUCCGGAAAAGUGCGUACUUAGGAUACCACAACUCCCUUUCAUGGGAUAUCUGCUAUCAACUUUAACAUUGUGGCUAUUCAAAAUACUCUUGAUGGCUUCCAAAACACCCUGA